AGAACCUGUUGUACGUGGGAUGUUGUGAGUUGCGCCUGUUUAGCCGCUGUUUUUCUGAUUAUUUUGACAUCUGAGUGGAAGAAUUUCAGCUUCCAUUUAGACUUAGCUGUAACUAAAUAUUUAAAGUGCAAUUGUUAUAUUCGGUUUACUACCUACGCGUCGUUUUUUCGUUUAAUUAAGUAAGGGGAAGACGGGUUAGCCUUCCUGCUAGCUUCCUAACGUUAGCGACCUUAGUGCUAUCAUGUCCGGCGGAGGUAUCAUUCGUGGACCCGCAGGGAGUAACGACUGUCGGAUAUACGUGGGAAACCUCCCUCCAGACAUCCGCUCAAAGGAUGUUGAAGACCUGUUUUACAAAUAUGGGUCCAUUCGUGAUAUUGAUCUGAAAAACCGGAGAGGAGGACCGCCGUUUGCCUUCGUGCAGUUCGAGGACCCGAGGGAUGCUGAGGAUGCUGUUUACGGGCGUGAUGGUUAUGACUACGAUGGAUAUCGCUUGCGUGUUGAGUUUCCUAGAAGCGGAAGGGGAGGUGGUGCAAUGGGACCCCCGAGGGGAAGAUAUGGUCCACCAUCCAGACGCUCUGAGUACAGGGUUGUUGUGUCAGGUCUUCCCCCCAGUGGAAGCUGGCAGGACCUGAAAGAUCACAUGCGAGAGGCAGGUGAUGUAUGUUACGCUGAUGUGUACCGUGAUGGCACCGGGGUUGUGGAGUUUGUGCGCAAAGAAGACAUGACCUACGCUGUCCGUAAAUUGGAUAACACCAAGUUUCGCUCUCAUGAGGGAGAGACUGCCUACAUUCGUGUGAAGAUGGAUGGUCCUCGCAGCCCCAGCUACGGUCGUUCUCGCUCUCGCUCUCAUAGCCGCAGUCGAAGCCGGAGCAAGAGCGGGUCUCGCAGCUACUCCCCUCGCCGCAGCAGAGGGUCUCCACGUUACUCUCCCCGGCGUUCACGCUCCCGCUCUCGUACUUAGAUUCACCUGACCUUAACCAAAGCAAUGGUGUAUCUCUGAGCUGGAGAGGAGAUCUUCACAUCACUUAACAAAUCCUGUGCACUGACCAUGGAUCAUCUCAUGUGUUACCCAUUCUUACUGUCAUGUUGUGUGUUCCCUUUUCUCCCACUUUUUGUUGCAGUUUUCUUUUUAGUUUUCAUUUUACGGACAAGAUGUACACAAACCAGAUGUCUGGUCUGUGUACAUGGCCCCAUUUCACUCUUUGAUCUGCCAUGCUUCCCUUUAUCCGUUCUCAGAAGCUUUGAUUUUCUUGCUAAACAUCUUUCCCUUUUCUCUAUGCUUUUCUUUUGCUCAUUUCCCUCGUAUGCUUAUGUUUUCUUUAGUUUGUAAAGAUUUUACUUCCUCUAAGCAUAUACUACUGUCCUUUGACCUUCUUGUGUGUCUCUCUGUAGAGUUCAGAGGAACAGGAUAGGAUGGGAACAGAGGAAACAGUUCAUAUUAGGAUAAACAGGAGGAGGAGGAGUCAAAUAUGGCAGCAAUGGUAUGAUGGCUGUGCCUUGUCAACUGUGAAAUCUGCAUUAUAAGCCUGUUCAACUUCUUUUCUUUCUUUUUUUUUCCACAUACACUUGACAGUAGAGUGCGUUGUUGAAUAUUUUCAGUAAUAAGUUCUGCACACCAGUUUGUAUUUUGAGACUCAAAGCUUGUAUUUUUUGCUUUUGCUCAUCCUUUAGUAUUCAAAGUAAAUCUUCGUUUUUUGGGGGGAUUGAUCAUAGACGGUGUCCCAUGUUUUGUUUUUUUCUUUUUUUUUGUUUUUCAAACCUCCCUCGUAGAUGCAUUUAUUGACAUUUUUAAAUAGUUUGUGAAGGUGUGAUUCUAACUUGCCUCCUUCUCUUUGGUUCUGCUGGUAUUCUGAAGGUUUGGACUGGGCUCAUUGUUCCCCCAUUCCGGAGCUGGAUCAGGAUUCAGGAUCAGAUCAGGAUUAGGAUUAGGCUUCAGGAUGGAUACAUGGAGCAGGAGCAUGGGAUCCUUUUACUGGGAGAGGAUCCCGACCCCUGGCCCUGUCCACAUAACCCCAUCAAACCGGAAACAUUGUAGUGAGAUUUUCAAACUAAAUUGGCUUUCAAAUAAUACAAAUUACUUUUUCCAAUUUCGUGUGGGACCUCAGAGACACAGUCACUGACGGCACCGUGAUGAGCGUUUAUUUUUCAGAUUUUUUUUUUUAUUAUAAAUAAGAAGAGCGAGGCUUGGAUCAAAACCAGGAGGAGGGCUGGCAGGUGCAGGAUGGAUCCACACGCGUAAGGAGAGUGGUAAAUAGUGGGCAACCAUUAACAGUGGAGGAGGGAGGGAACAGGGAGGCGACAAGGGAAUGUGGCCUGGUUUGUAUCUUUUUCUUCAGUCUUUUUCAGAGGAGGAUAAUUUCUGAUUUUCUUACAUAUAAUCUUCAGUAUCACAAAGCUUUAUUCUCUUUUAAUAAAAGUUA